GCUUGAUGACGUAUUUUGAGGGCGUCCUCUGUAGUUUUCUGGCGACGCGCUAGGUUAGCUAUGGCGCCAGUGAGUCCGGCAGCGAGGAGGCGGACGGGGGUUUUGGGGACGCGUGGCCAAGGAGUGUCUUCGGUUGGAUUCGGGAACAAGAAUGUGAGACAGAGGACAUGGUGGCCUGACCGUCUGCAAGCCUUCGUAGGGAGCGUUCGCGAGGGACAAGGCUUUGCAUUUCGAAGAAAACUGAAGAUUCAGCAAAAUUACAAGAAACUGUUAUGGAAGGAGAAAAAGUCUCAAACAUCACAGGAAUCCCAAUUUACAGAUCGAUAUCCAGAUCAUCUGAAACAUCUCUACUUAGCUGAAGAGGAAAGACUCAAGAAACAGCUAAGAAAAGUUGACCAGCCUUUGUUUGAAGAACAGUGUAGCAUCGACCAGGCUUUGUCUGAAGAUCAGUGUAGCAUUGACCAGCCUCAGCCAGAAGAACAAUUUAGCAGAACAGUAAACUCCUUUACUGUUCCAAAGAAAAAUAAAAAGAAAACAUCAAAUCAAAAAGCACAAGAAGAAUAUGAACAGGUACAAGCUAAGCGUGCUGCUAAGAAGCAAGAAUUUGAGAGAAGAAAACAAGAAAGGGAAGAAGCUCAAAGAUGCUACAGAAAGAGGAAAAUGGAAGUGUUCAAAAUAUUAAGCAAAAAGACUAAAAAGGGCCAGCCAAACUUGAAUUUACAAAUGGAGUAUCUUCUUCAAAAAAUACAAGAAAAAAAUUAAAUCAGACAUUUUGUCCUUAAGCAUUAAAAUACUUGCUGUCUGUUGGGAUGUUUUGCACAUAUAGCGGGUGCCUCCUAACACUGAACUAAAUUUGUCAAAAUCAACUGGAUUGUUAAACCAUACUAAAUAUAAAAUGUCAGUAUAUUUUUGUUCUUAUAGAAGAAAACUUUCCAUAUAUGCUCUAAUAUAAAUUGUUUCUUGUAUUUUUUUGCCUCUGAGGGAAGAUUGGCCUAAAGAACUGGAAGAACCUUCUAUUUGGGAGACAGACUCAAGCAUGUAAUACUUUUGUAUAAUACGAAAUUUGUAUGAAAUAAAGUAUUUUGAAAAUAGGAA